CUUCCGGGUGAGAGGUGCCCGGUCGCCCCAGCAACCAAGUCGCACUUGGAGCUGUCCUAGCGCCUAGCUCUCUCCCAGCCGCAGAGCUGGCCGCCCAGGGGGAGACACAGAGUCUGGAUAAUCUCUCUAACACCUCUCGGUCAACUUCAGAAGUGUAUAAGAUCAGCUUUAUCUUUCCAAAUGGAGACAAGUAUGAUGGUGACUGUACAAGAACAUCUUCUGGAACCUAUGAGAGAAAUGGAAUAGGUAUUCAUACCACUCCUAAUGGGAUUGUCUACACGGGAAGCUGGAAAGAUGACAAGAUGAACGGUUUUGGCAGACUUGAGCAUUUUUCAGGAGCAGUAUAUGAAGGACAAUUUAAGGAUAACAUGUUUCAUGGCCUGGGGACUUACACAUUCCCAACUGGGGCAAAAUAUAUUGGAAAUUUCAAUGAAAAUAGGGUGGAAGGUGAAGGAGAAUAUACUGAUAUCCAAGGACUAGAAUGGAGUGGUAACUUUCAUUUUACAGCUGCUCCAGACCUGAAAUUAAAGCUUCACAUGUAGCUGUUCUUCACAUGUAUAUGAUAUAAUGUUACAUUAAAGUUUAAAUGUAGUAAUUGAAGCUUUCAAUUGUAAGGAAAGCAACUAAAUCUGCUCUUGGAAGUGACUUCAUACACUACCCCUAUAAAUUUGCCAAUAAAACCAUCACUUACACCUUUUUGAA